AUGCCUCUCAUUAUCGUCUCUGGACUGCCCACCUCUGGCAAGUCGACGCGCGCAAAGCAGCUACACGACUACCUCUCCAAGCGUAUAGCCGAUACGAAAUACCGCCUACAUCUCAUCUCCGACGAAUCUCUCUCCAUCUCCCGUACCGUCUACGACCUGUCUCCCGACAAAGUCCGCGCACAUACCCGAUCUGCGAAUGCUUCUGAGAAAGAUGCCCGUGCUUCUAUAUAUGGCGCUGUCAAGCGCGUGCUCAGCGACAAGGAUAUUGUGAUCCUGGACGGUCUCAAUUACAUCAAGGGCUGGCGGUAUCAACUCCACUGCGAAUCUAAAGCUGUGCGCACGCCCAGCUGCAUAUUGCAGAUUGGCUGCUCGGUAGACAAGGCACGAGAAGUCAACGAGACUAGAAUACAAAAGAAGGAGGCAGAUUCAAGUAACGCCGCAGGAAGUGAAGAGGCAGCACCCGCGGCUGCAGUUACCGAUGAUGCGCCGGUCGACUCUACAGAGCCCUACGAGCCCGACAACUGGGACAACCUAGUGUUUCGAUACGAAGAGCCCAACCCAAUGACACGAUGGGAUAGUCCACUCUUCACACUCAUCUGGGAAGAUGACGAGGCUCAAACCACAAAGGUCUUCUCCGACCUCUGGGACACAAUAGCAGGCGAGGCCCGCAAGGUUGUUCGCCCAAACCAAGCAACUAUACAGCGCGGUCGGGAAGAGAGCGGCGACUAUUUGUACCUACUGGACCGCGAAACAUCAGAUGUUGUGAAGCGCAUAGUGGAGGCGCAACGUGAGGGCGACGAUGUUGACGAGGUGCGGAUACCGUCUGGUUCUAAUGAGAUUAAGAUAUAUCUGCCAGCCGGAAAGAAGGUUGGUCUACCGCAAUUGCAGAGGUUGAGGAGGGCAUUUAUGGGUUUGAAUAGAGGGGGUAUUGGGCUGGAGGCUGUGGGCGACAUGAAAUCGUCUAGAUUGAGGGAUAUGUUUGUGACUUAUCUCAAUGACGCAUUUGAGAAGGACGAGUGA